AUGAAGGUUCUGUUGCUGAAGGAUCCCAAAGAAAAAGACUCAGGACCAGACCCAUAUAUUAAAGAAUUAGGAUUAUACGGAUUUGAAGCAACUUUGAUUCCAGUUUUGUCAUUUGAAUUCGUAUCUCUCGAAUGCUUAUUUGAGAAGCUCUCUCAUCCAGAAUGUUAUGGAGGCCUAGUUUUUACCAGCCCAAGAGCAUUAGAAGCCAUCAAGAUAUGCUUAAAAGAGAAUAGUAAGAACGAAGAAUGGUCGCAAUCUCUUAAACACAGAUGGAAUAGCAAACCAGCGUACGUGGUAGGAAAAGCUACAGCUUCUCUAGUGGAAGAAAUUGGCCUUAUUCCACAAGGAGAAAAGUCUGGAAAUGCUGAAAAAUUAGCUGAAUAUAUUUGCUCAAGAGAGAAACCUAACUCCUCCGCUCUGCUUUUUCCUUGUGGAGCCCUAAAAAGAGAAGUACUUCCUACAGUACUUAGAGAAAAAGGUGUACCUCUGGAAAGCCUCACUGUCUAUCAAACAACCCAACACACUGACCUGCAAGAAUCUUUGAGCCGUUAUUUCUCACAACAGGGAAUUCCGGCAAGUGUCGUGUUCUUCAGUCCAUCGGGUGUCAGAUACUCCCUCCAGCACAUUCAGAAGCUAUCGGGAGAUUUUAUCAAUGACAUCAAGUUCGCUGCCAUCGGGCCAACCACCGCCGAAGCCCUGGAAGCAGGAAUCGCCGUGAGCUGUACUGCCGAGAGCCCCACGCCCCAGGCCCUGGCUGUCGGGAUCCAAAAAGCACUUCACUCCCACACCUUACCGAAAUGA